CAGAGUGCGGAGCUGGGCAGAGGCGGAGCGCGCGGCCGCGGACGCCCUCCGAGACACCAAGACGCAAAGGCGGCUACCCGGGUUCGGGGCCGGGAGGGCAGGCAGCGAUACCGGCGGUCGUUGCAGACUCAGAAAAGUGACUGCUGCGGCCCCUGAAUUAGCUCCUCUCUGAGUGCGCAGUUCCUUCGCACUGCAGCCGCGAGUCCUCCAUCCCUGGCCAGUGAGCUGACCCUGUGACAACCCGAGCUCCUGAAUCCAGUCCGGCGCUCCACUGCAUCCCCCAGACCCAACUGCGGGAGAUCCACCGAGGCAUCCCCCAGUUAUCCCGCUGCCGCCGCCUUCUUCCCGGCAGACGGAGAUGGAGUAAGCGGUCCCCGCUCGAGAUCAGGCAGAACUUUUUUGGAAAUCCGAAGCAAAAAUUGGAAAGCUAAGUUUCUGAGAAAGGAAGAAGGAAGCGAAGAGGGGGACACUGUAGGGAAAAAUCCAUCCAGAGCCUCGACUCCGCCGCUCGCCCUUUUUUUCUGGGGUCCCAACGCACCUCCUUUGUCCACUGCCUAGCUGCCUCCGCUGCAGUCUUGAACGCAGUCUCCCCCCCCCCCCAAAGCCUGCGCUGCUGACUGACCCAGGACCCCCCAGGGGCCUCGACUUGUUGAUCGCAGCUCUUCCAGCUCUCUUUCAUCUGGCUUGUCAAGUUCACCCAGAAGGGAGUAGUGAACUUUUCUUCCGGCGUGGGGGUGGUUGGAGCGAAGAGAACGCCAGAACUUUAGCAUCACUUUGAUUCGAAGAAAGCCCAAAAAUUGCACUGGAAGAGAAUAGUUACUGACCAUCAGAAAAGAAGAGGACAGCCUCUUGGACUCCUGGAGGAGGAAGUGAAGGAGGAGGGAGAGGAGUUGGUAUAGAAGAAAAACUAGAAAUGUCCCAUCUCUAUUUCAGCCUGGUCAGAUACCUGUUCCUGGCCCUCCUUUUACAUGGGCUGGGAGAAGGUUCUGCCCUUCUUCAUCCAGAUAGCAGAUCCCAUCCUCGAUCUUUAGAGAAAAGUGCUUGGAGAGCUUUCAAGGAAUCUCAGUGUCAUCACAUGCUCAAGCACCUCCACAAUGGAGCACGGAUCACUGUACAGAUGCCACCCACAAUUGAGGGGCACUGGGUUUCCACAGGAUGUGAAGUAAGAUCUGGUCCAGAAUUCAUUACCAGAUCGUAUCGAUUCUACCACAAUAAUACCUUCAAGGCCUACCAGUUUUAUUAUGGUGGUAACCGCUGUACCAAUCCUACCUACACUCUAGUCAUCAGAGGUAAAAUAAGGCUUCGCCAAGCAUCAUGGAUCAUCCGAGGAGGGACUGAAGCAGACUACCAGCUACACAAUGUCCAGAUCAUCUGCCAUACUGAGGCUGUUGCUGAAAGACUUAGUCAGCUAGUAAAUCGCACAUGUCCUGGUUUCAUCCCCUCAGAUAGUCCUUGGGUACAGGAUGCCACCUAUGAUUUAUGGCGAGAGGAAAAUGGACGUGAAUGUACAAAGGCAGUGAAUUUUGCUAUGCAUGAGCUUCAAUUGAUCCGGGUAGAAAAACAAUAUCUCCAUCACAAUCUUGAUCAUCUUGUAGAAGAACUGUUCCUUGGUGACAUUCACACUGACUCUAGCCAAAGAAUGUUCUAUCGGCCAUCCAGUUACCAGCCACCCCUACAGAAUGCCAAGAAUCAUGACCACGCCUGUAUUGCAUGCCGAAUCAUCUACCGUUCAGAUGAGCACCAUCCUCCAAUUUUGCCCCCCAAAGCUGACCUGACCAUUGGCCUCCAUGGCGAAUGGGUGAGCCAGAGGUGUGAAGUACGCCCUGAAGUCCUCUUCCUCACCCGCCACUUCAUAUUUCAUGACAACAACAAUACCUGGGAAGGGCAUUAUUACCAUUAUUCUGAUCCCAUCUGCAAGCACCCCACCUUCACUAUUUAUGCCCAGGGUCGCUAUAGCCGUGGAGUACACUCUGCCAGAGUCAUGGGAGGCACAGAGUUUGUGUUCAAAGUGAAUCACAUGAAGGUCACCCCCAUGGAUGCAGCCACAGCCUCUCUCUUAAAUGUGUUCAAUGGGAAUGAAUGCGGAGCUGAGGGUUCAUGGCAAGUUGGAAUUCAGCAGGAUGUGACUCACACCAAUGGUUGUGUUGCCUUGGGAAUUAAACUACCUCACACUGAGUAUGAGAUCUUCAAAAUGGAACAAGAUACACGAGGUCGGUACUUACUGUACAACGGCCAGAGACCCAGUGAUGGAUCCAGUCCUGAUCGGCCAGAAAAGAGAGCCACAUCUUACCAAAUGCCCUUAGUUCAGUGUGCAUCUUCGGCUCCCAGAUCAGAAGAUCUAACAGAGGAGAAUACAAUAGGCCACUAUGGGAAUGGGGCACCUAAAAGGAAUUUCUGUACUGUACUCUUGACUCUGAUUGCAUGCCUUUGGACUAUUCUACAAUGGAAUACCUUCAGCUAGAUUCCUUUAUGCUUAAAAAAUAUAUAUAUAUAUUUUUAUUUUCCAAAUUAGGAUUCCUUGGGAUUUGUGAAUUUUCUUUCCCCAAGAAAGGAUCUUUAUUUCCCGGAUGCACUUCAAUGCCUAAGAAUUGUUGUUCAUUUCAUUCUCCCUUUCCCCCUCAAACCCCACUCCUAACCCCAGAAUCAUGAAUAGCACUUGUUUGAAGUUUCUUCUUUGAACUUCAUCCAGUCUGUUCCCUGGCCUGAGUGACUGCACAACAGUAAUUGCACUUUAGGACUGCAGAUGGUUUAUGGGUAAUAGAUUCUUUGGGGGUUGGGAUUUUUAAAAAAUUAUAUAUUUGGCUGUGUUGGACUUUAGUUGGGAAAAAAAAAGAUCCAGCUACAAUUUUCACUGCCAUUUUCCUCUUGUCGUUUCCUUUCCUAUCUCUGAAACUGCCUCUCCUUCAGAAUCUAACCAUCUUGAAUAGCCCUAUGCAGUAUUGGGUUAGUGCAGGGAGAAUGGCGUCUUUUUACUUAAGGAAAAUGCUUUGGUGUAGAUAUGUAUAUAUUCAAAGACACAAGGAUUUAUCUAAAUGAUCUUUACAAGUUUUAUACGAAGAGAGAAUUGAAAGCGUUCCUUUCAGAAGACUAAAUGGAAAAUAUGUGUAAUUAAAAUUUCAAAGUAAUUUAAGCUAUUUUUACAUGUAAUUUUUAAAAAAAAACUUUUAAAGAAUACACUUACUGGAGCAUAUGUGGCAUAGUUCUCUGUUCAUGAUUGAUAAAGUCAAAAGAAAUCUUUGAGGUCAUUUUAGUCUAACUCAUUACUGUGAUUUUGUUGUUAUAUUAGGUUUGUUUUUGUUUCUGUGCUCUGUACAAUCAGGUAACUUGCUGAAAUCAGUAUAUAAAAAGCAAUGCCAUGAUAAAUCAGAGGAUAAACUGUAAUGUAUCUGGUAUUUGUAGAUUCUUCAAAGUACCACAUGAAUGCUGAUAAUAAUAUGGUCCUUUUCUUAAUAUGCAAUUUCCUUUUCUUAAAACUUUCACCUUGACUCGUAUGACAUUUUGUUACAGGUAAGAAGAAGUAUCUAGAUUUGCAGUAUCUCUCCUGCCAUAAAAAUUAUAUUUUUAGAAGAAAUAUUUGUUAGGAAAGGUCCUACUUGCUUUUCAGAGAAGAUGUAAAAAUCAGUAUCCUGUGGGAUUUGUAGCAUCCCUUUCAUACCAUAUGUAUCUUGGUUUUUGUAUUGUCUUAUUAUCAUAUGGACUUAACUGGGAGACAGGUAACUAGACUAACCCUCCUAAUCAGUAAUUGACUUACUUAUCCAACAUAAGUCAUUCUCUCCAUUCCUCACUCUAACCUUAUGCAAAAUAGGAAAUAACAUUUCUGCCCCUUUUCUGUCCCAUUGAGACACUGGAUGGAUUUAAUGUUUGUAAUGUACUUUAGAUUCUUGAAAAGGGAUCUGAUUUAACACCAAGUAUUUUUAAGAAUAAAAACUAAUGAAAAAGGAAUGAAACAGUCGACAACUGAAGAUCUAGAUAUAAAAGAAUGCUUGUAGAAGGCAAAAAAUCAGUCAGGGUUAAAACAUUAUUCUAUUUAAUAUUAAAAUUAAAUGCCAGUAAUAUUGUCUGUGAUUUAAAUUUUUAAGGAUCAUGUGAGUGUAUAUUAUUAAAUAAAUAUAUUUCAAUUAUA